GCGUCGCUAGUUGUAGGAAAAGCCUCGUUCUGAAAAUCAGGGCAACACCUAGAGAAGACGGGAAUCUCUGUGGGAAGGGAGAAGAAUUAACCGACCCUAUUGUACGGUAGUUGUAUUAGUGUCACAGGGUCUAUCCAGUUUGCCGGAUAUGGGCAGCAUUUAAUGCUAAGCACGGAGAAAUAAUUUUUCGUUUUGUGGAAUUAGACGGACUUUAAGGAGUUGAUUUAAGGUAGCAGCAGCAUGUCGCGGGCAGUGCUGCAGCCUAGCCAGCAAAAGCUGGCUGAGAAACUGACCAUCUUGAACGACAGGGGCAUUGGGAUGCUCACUCGACUGUACAAUAUCAAAAAGCAAGGACAAGUUUGGAAGGCAUGUGGUGACCCCAAAGCAAAGCCAUCCUACCUAGUUGACAAAAACUUAGAAUCAGCAGUGAAGUUUAUUGUCAGAAAAUUCCCUGCUAUAGAAACGCGCAACAAUAAUCAACAGCUUGCACAGCUACAGAAAGAAAAAUCAGAAAUUCUGAAGAACCUUGCAUUAUAUUAUUUCACAUUUGUUGAUGUAAUGGAAUUUAGGGACCAUGUUUGUGAGCUGCUCAAUACUAUUGACGUUUGUCAAGUCUUCUUUGAUAUUACAGUCAACUUUGACUUAACCAAAAAUUACUUGGAUUUGAUCAUCACCUAUACAACACUGAUGAUAAUGCUGUCAAGAAUUGAAGAACGAAAAGCUAUCAUAGGACUAUACAACUAUGCUCAUGAAAUGUCACAUGGAACGAGUGACCGAGAAUACCCUCGACUGGGUCAGUUGAUAGUUGAUUAUGAGAACCCUUUAAAGAAGAUGAUGGAAGAAUUUGUGCCACAUAGCAAGUCCUUGUCUGAUGCACUGAUUUCUUUACACAUGGUUUAUCCACGAAGAAAUCUUUCAGCUGACCAGUGGCGGAAUGCUCAGCUGUUGAGUCUUAUAAGCGCGCCUAGCACAAUGCUGAACCCUGCACAGUCGGACACGAUGCCAUGUGAAUACCUGUCUUUGGAUGCGAUGGAAAAAUGGAUUGUGCUUGGAUUCAUUUUGUGUCAUGGGGUCCUCAAUACAGAUGCUACUGCUCUCAACUUGUGGAAACUUGCCCUCCAGGUCAGCUCUUGUCUGUCCCUCUUUAGGGACGAAGUCUUUCACAUCCAUAAAGCUGCAGAGGACCUUUUUGUCAACAUUAGAGGGUACAACAAACGUAUUAAUGACAUCAGAGAGUGUAAGGAAAGUGCUCUUUCACAUGCUGGCUCUAUGCAUAGAGAAAGACGAAAGUUUCUGCGAUCUGCACUGAAGGAGCUAGCCACUGUUCUAUCAGAUCAGCCUGGAUUACUAGGCCCCAAGGCACUUUUUGUAUUCAUGGCAUUAUCCUUUGCUCGUGAUGAAAUUAUCUGGCUGCUCCGUCAUGCAGAUAAUGUACAAAAAAAGAAUGCUGAUGACUUCAUAGAUAAGCAUGUUGCAGAAUUAAUAUUUUACAUGGAAGAACUUAGAGCACAUGUUCGAAAGUACGGACCAGUGAUGCAGAGAUAUUACGUACAGUAUCUCUCAGGCUUUGACGCAGUAGUAUUAAAUGAACUUGUACAGAAUCUUUCGGUCUGCCCAGAAGAUGAAUCAAUUAUUAUGUCAUCUUUUGUGAACACUAUGACUUCCUUAAGUGUAAAGCAAGUUGAAGAUGGAGAGGUGUUUGACUUCAGAGGAAUGAGACUGGACUGGUUUAGACUGCAGGCCUAUACUAGUGUAUCCAAGGCUUCACUGAGUCUUGCCGAUCAUAAAGAACUUGGAAAGAUGAUGAACACAAUCAUUUUCCAUACCAAAAUGGUGGACUCUCUGGUGGAGAUGCUAGUAGAAACUUCAGAUCUUUCCAUUUUCUGUUUUUAUAGUCGAGCGUUUGAGAAGAUGUUUCAGCAAUGUUUGGAGCUCCCGUCUCAGUCAAGAUACUCGAUUGCUUUUCCACUGCUGUGCACUCACUUUAUGAGCUGCACACAUGAGCUUUGCCCAGAAGAGCGGCACCACAUUGGAGAUCGUAGCCUUUCAUUGUGCAAUAUGUUCCUGGAUGAAAUGGCUAAGCAAGCACGUAACCUUAUCACAGACAUUUGCACUGAACAGUGUACCCUCAGUGACCAGUUACUGCCAAAACACUGUGCCAAAACUAUAAGCCAAGCGGUGAACAAGAAGUCAAAAAAGCAGACAGGAAAGAAGGGAGAACCAGAAAGGGAAAAGCCAGGAGUAGAGAGUAUGAGAAAGAAUCGACUUCUGGUUACGAACUUGGAUAAACUGCACACUGCCUUAUCAGAACUAUGUUUUUCUAUCAACUACGUACCUAACAUGAUGGUUUGGGAGCACACCUUUACCCCAAGGGAGUAUUUGACUUCUCAUUUGGAAAUACGCUUUACCAAGUCAAUUGUUGGAAUGACCAUGUACAAUCAAGCCACACAAGAAAUUGCUAAACCUUCUGAACUCUUGACAAGUGUAAGAUCGUAUAUGACAGUGCUUCAGUCAAUAGAAAACUAUGUGCAAAUUGACAUCACACGAGUGUUCAACAAUGUUCUUCUUCAACAAACGCAACAUUUAGAUAGCCAUGGGGAACCAACUAUAACCAGUUUGUACACAAACUGGUACUUGGAAACUUUGUUACGACAAGUCAGCAAUGGCCACAUUGCCUAUUUCCCAGCUAUGAAGGCUUUUGUAAACCUACCUACAGAAAAUGAGUUGACAUUUAAUGCAGAAGAGUACUCUGAUAUUUCAGAAAUGAGGGCACUUUCAGAGCUCUUGGGACCUUAUGGUAUGAAGUUCCUCAGUGAAAGUCUUAUGUGGCACAUCUCUUCACAGGUGGCUGAACUAAAGAAACUUGUGGUGGAGAAUGUUGAAGUGUUAACACAGAUGAGGACCAGCUUUGACAAACCUGACCAAAUGGCAUCUCUUUUUAAAAGAUUAACAUCUGUUGAUAGUGUUUUGAAGAGGAUGACUAUUAUUGGUGUCAUUCUGUCAUUCCGCUCUCUAGCACAAGAGGCACUUCGAGAUGUCUUAUCGUAUCACAUUCCUUUCCUUGUAAGUUCAGUAGAAGACUUCAAGGAUCACAUUCCAAGAGAAACAGACAUGAAGGUUGCAAUGAAUGUCUAUGAACUCUCGUCAGCUGCUGGUUUGCCCUGUGAAAUUGAUCCUGCCUUGGUUGUUGCAUUAUCUUCUCAAAAAUCAGCAGAGAACUGGGAUUCUUUGAUUGAUACGACAAAAAGGUCUACUCAGCCCAGCAGUUUAAGAAUAAAUGCAGCUGUGCCCGGGUCUUGGGCUAACUCAGAAAAUAUCAGUCCGGAAGAGGAGUAUAAAAUUGCCUGCCUUCUUAUGGUCUUUGUAGCAGUAUCCUUGCCUACCCUGGCUAGUAAUGUAAUGUCCCAGUACAGUCCAGCCAUUGAAGGACACUGCAACAACAUCCACUGUUUGGCUAAAGCUAUAAACCAGAUUGCAGCAGCCUUGUUUACUAUACAUAAGGGGAGUAUUGAAGAUCGUCUCAAAGAAUUUCUGGCUCUGGCUUCCUCCAGUUUACUUAAAAUUGGACAAGAAACUGAUAAAACUACUACAAGGAACAGGGAGUCUGUUUAUUUGUUGCUCGACAUGAUUGUGCAGGAGUCGCCAUUCUUGACCAUGGACUUGCUUGAAUCUUGUUUCCCAUAUGUUUUAUUGAGAAAUGCAUAUCAUGCAGUAUACAGACAAAGUGUUACUUCCUCUGCAUAAACAACAUUCCAAGCUACACCUAAACCCAGUGCAGUGAAGUGUUAUCCGUUUUACAUGAAAACUGGGGAACUGUUUUACUUUGUAAUGUAUUGAAUGCCAUUUUUGUCAAAUCAAAGAUAAAAAAAUUCAUAAAGCUCAGAGAUGGUUUUAUAUAGAAAUACACAACUGACUUGACUGAUAUAUGUUGCAAAUUUAUUGAAAUAGUUUCUUUAAAAGAAGGAGAUAUAUUUAAAAAGUACCAUUUUUGUUGUCUUUUUUUAUUUUGAAUUUUGCAACAGAAUUUUGCAACCUUCAAUUAUGCAGACAUUACUGCUUGUUUAUUUCCAAGAAAAUAGGAGCAAAUGUAUUUAGUGAUUAUUUUAGUUGGUGUUACGCCUUUCAUUUGUGUGUAAAUUAUUUCAUGUAGGGAAGUAAAUAAUCUGUAUCUAUUCUUAUAAAGAUUGGCUGGAUGAUUAUGUGAAUUUCUGUGAAGUAAUUGCAACAUUUCUACUACUUUAUUUUGAAACAUUUGUCGAAUUGAGUCUGUGGAUGACAAUGUAUAACAUUCAAAAAUGUUAUCAAACUGCUUGGAGUUUAACGGACACCUUUAGCAUUCUGAUAUUCUGUGAAAAGAGCAUUUGUAAAAAAAAUAUAUAUAAUAUAUAUAUAUAAUUUUUUAAACUAACUUUCAUGGUGGCCUGUUGGCGUUAACACUACCAUUGUACCCUGCUGUAUGCUAUGAUAAACAUUCGUACAUAUUUAUCAAAGUUGAUAAAUUGUUAUUCCUUAACCACUUUUUAUAUGUUUUAAAUUUUUGAAAUCCCAUUGUACCUUCCAUAACAUACAAUAAACAGUCGGUUAUAUCACA